AUGCACAAGGCCACGCGCCUAUUGUACGGUUCCGUCCUUUCGCCCCUGGACGGGGAUGACCGAACGGUUAGUGAGCUCAUCAGAUUUCAGGAUGCUUUGGAACGGCUGGGACUUCUUUGGACUCCAUUGGAUUCCCUCGACAAACAUCAGGCCCACGAAUUCGUGCGGAACCUCCACCUGGAACUGACUGCGCCGGGAGACAUGGUGUACCUCAAACACUCGCCAGCGAUGAGGUCGUACGUCGUGUUGAGGGGGACAGUUCUGCUCACUAACAACGUGCUUGACAGAGAAGGGGCGGAGGGUGUGCGUGUGCUGGGAGCGGGGCAGGAGUUCGGCCACCCCUUGGACCCAGACCUAGAUGGUGACAAGCCUGUUGAGGACUUUCUUGAAUAUGCGAAGACUCCACACCUAGAGCUUCCACACGACGGCGGUGGCGACGUUGCCGCUAAGACCCGCGGAGGGGGCAGGAAGGACGGGAGAGCCGAGCUUCUGGUAAUCGGACGUCAGGACUGGGUUUCAACGCUCCGAACUUGCAGGCACGUCACGAUAGUCACCUUUGGUUUGAACACGCUCUCUUCGGUUGCUCGCUUAUUACUCGGAAGAACGUUUUAUUUGCACAAAACCAUCAGCCGGAGCCAGUUCUUAAACACGACAGAAAAAUACGACGCAUUGAAGGAACCCGACCCCCUUAAGAGCAAGGCCCGCUUGGCUUUCAACUUUCCGGCGAAAGGAAGGGCGGGAGAUCAACUCAAAAUCGCGAUCAAGUACCUCACGGAGAGGGUGGCUUUCUGCGCUGAUCUACCACUGGAGCAGAUGCCAACCAGGUUGGCUUCGAUUCCCCUCCCCUACGACAGUCUCGAUGCUACGUCGCGUUUCCACGUGCUGUGUGCAUGCAGAGAGGGAGAUCUGUUCGGUGAUGAAUACUUGUCGGUGGCCGUGAAGCAUGUGCUGGGCAUCCCGUUUCGGACCGCCACGGUCAUGACCCGGACGGCUCCCUGUGAGCUUCUCGUGGUGCCCGCCAGGGAAUGCCGCCGUCUGCGUGCCUUUGUGGCUCUUCGCAAUAGCGAGAAGGCCAUGGCAAUAUUCGACAAGUUUUUCAUAAACCUCCCGAAAGGUGUCUGCUCUGAGAUCGCCUCUCUCGCCACAUUUCGGACGAUCAAGAUGAAUCAAAAGCUAGCGGAAGAUGGGGAUGAGGUCUCAACUGUCUUCUUUGUCGUUCGAGGCGAGUGCGUCUCGAAGUCGAGUAAACAGUUCCACCGGCAGCCAGGCACGGGCAAAGAGGAGGAGGAGGCCCAGCGGUACGGCCCCGGGGACAUUGUAGGCUGGGAGCAAGGCGUGCAGAUGGCCGUCGAAGGCGUGCCAAAACGACGAACCAAACAGCCUCGCCUCGGCUCCGUCGCGAGGUACAUCGCUUACACGCACAAGCAGAAAUUGCAGGGACCUUCGUCUUUGUCGCAUUCGGGCGGUCUCGGCGACGACGAGAGCUUAGAUGGAGAGAGUGAACUGGGGGAAUUUUUCAGCGGCCACGGGGGAUGCGACCGAAACGCCCCGACGCUGUUCUCUGGUGGCGGCACAUGGAAAGAUCAAAGAAAAACAGGGAAAAUGUCUCCUCCCGUGACCCGACUAAGGACGGUCAUCCCAACCGAAGAGUGCGAAAGCCGGCGCCCGAACACAGCAGCCUCGCCCGUAGGCGUACAAGCUCUUCUUGACGGGAUAUCCAGCCGAGACAACUGGCCCCGGCCGCGACCGAGCACCCGCACGCGCUGGCGUUGGCGCGUGGGCUUGACAGAUUCUACCGCAGACCCAAUCUCGACCGCCCCGCAGGGGACCCACAAGUUGAGACGUAGCCUGCAGUCCGCGCCGAGUUCAUCGUCGUCGUCGCCGCCGCCUGUGAUCUGGGGCUAUGCUAGAGUAGCUGGGCGAGGGAUCGACGGGCACGGGGACGAGGCAGAAGCACGCGGCGGGCGCUGCUCCUGCCCGAUGGAAAGCUGCCGCGUUUGCACGCCGUUGGACAGGCUUGAGCGACUGCGAAAUACCACCAUCUGGACCCCGUCACUACCAUCACGCUCAACCAAGCCCGCCAGCGCACCUUCUGCGGUGGCCCGAAGCUUUGCAAGCGGCUGCACUAUGCGAAACACAGGCACCAUAGCCCAAACAAAGGCCACUACGGAUACUCCUGGGAACACUCUCUCCUUGGAGCUAAAGCGGUCGACGUCCCGUCCCGGGCUCACACCAUACGUCCACCACGCCGGCAAGGCCCAUGUCAUUCAUCCGACGGGUGGCAAAGCAGCGGGAGAUGAGGCCUUUGGCGGAAAAUCCACUCUUUGGGGAGGGUGGGGAUUGCCUUCGUCCAAGAUCGGUGGCACAGGUAAUGGGGUCGUUGCCAAGGGCGGUGAUGGUGCCCAUGGUGGGACAUCGACAAGCGGAAACAAACUCGCUAAGGGCGCCCACGUGGGCUUCCAUGAUCGUCGUACAUCACCAGCUGGUCAGGGAGGAGCGGUGAUUGCUGUCGCCGAUGCCCCCGUCACGGCCGCCGUCGCGCCGAUGUCGGACUUCGGCGUCACCAAUACAAGUCUAGGACGAGGUGAUCGCCGUGAACCAGACUCGGGAAGCGAAAUAUCCUUACCUCCAGCCGCUGCAAUACUUCCACCGGAUCAACCACACCUUGCACGGCUUUCGUACACCCUCGUGCAACUCAGCACAAGGGCGGCAUUGGACCCGUCCGAGCCAUCAGCAAACCUAUGCCUCCGAAUCUUGGGCUCCUUUGCUUGCGAGAAGAAAGCCACGACGCGCGUGUCAAACCUUUACCGUUCCAUUCUCCCGCCGUCAAGCGUGAGUACCGCAAAGUAUACCUCGCAGUCCAGGCUUUGA